GAGUAAAUGACUAAUGUUGAAAGGUGCAGUGGAUGAAUUGUACGGAAGAAAUGUGAAUUAUACAAAUAGAUAAUUGUAAAAAUAUAAAGACGCUCGUCAAAAUGUAUUCAACAAAAACACCUUGUUUAAGAAUUGAUGAAGCUGAUCUUAAAUGUAAAAAUGGCUGUGGAUUUUAUGGAAAUGUCGAAUGGGCAGGUUAUUGUAGUAAAUGUCAUCGAGAAUAUUUACAAAAACAGAGAUCACAAACAGAAUCUAAUGCUUAUGGACAAGGAUACGAUUUUGCCGCUUCUAAUAAAAGUAGUAUUAGUGGCCAUCAAAAGUAUGAAGAGAAAAAAGUACAACAGGAAAAAAAAUACAAGUUGUUAAAUAUAUCUUUUCGAAAACCAGUAGCAAAAGCACAGGGAUACCAAGAAUUAUUUUAUGAAUUGAUGAAAGAAAACCCAGAUUUGAUGAAAGUAAAAAUUGAGAAUCGUGAUCUGAUAGCUGUAAUUGCAAAAACACCAGUGGAAAAAGAUGUUAGAAAGUGUAUACAUUCUUUUAUCAUUGAUAUACUUCAAAAUAAGGAUGUUAAAAGAAUUGAAGAACUUUCAGAGAUUACACAAAAUUUUUAUCAAGUAUUUGCCAAACGUUUGGAAAAUAGUGCAAAAUAUGCAGAUAUUGCACCAGAGAUUAAAGAAAAAUUGUUGGAUUAUGUAGAAAGAUAUGCAAUGACCUUGCUUUAUAGAAUUCUUUUUUGUCCUCCUUUUACAAACGAUGAAGAAAAGGAUUUAGCAAUACAGAAGAGAAUUCGGCAAUUAAACUGGGUCAGUGGGAAGAAUUUAGAAUGUAGAAUACAUGAAACGAGUUCUGAAGUUAGAGAACUUGUUUAUACUUCAAUUACAGAUUUAUUAAAUAUGGAUUCCGUAAAAGCUCCACAAGAGAAACUUUCCUGUAUUAUUUAUUGCUGUAGAAACAUAUUCUUAAUGCUUCAACAAUCUGUUGGUGGGCCUGCAUCUGCAGAUGAAUUUCUUCCAGCCCUAAUUUUUAUUGUUCUAAAAGCUAAUCCUGCUCGUCUUAAAAGUAAUAUUAAUUUUAUUACUAGAUUUUGUAAUGCAAGCAGAUUGAUGACUGGAGAAGGUGGAUAUUACUUUACAAAUCUGUGCUGUGCUGUAUCCUUCAUUGAAAAUUUAACAGCUGAAUCAUUGAAUAUGGAUGAAAAAGAUUUCAAUGCCUAUAUGUCUGGAGAACGUGUACCUGCCAAUACGUGGGAAUCUGCUUUAAUGAUGUGUGAAAGCUUACAUUUAAUGUGCGAAGAUAUAACACUCCUCGACGAGAUGAAAGCUAAGAAUACAGAGAUAAUGAAUGAAGCACUAAAUUUGAAAGAACAAAUGUUAAAAUUUCAAGAAGAAAUAGAAUCAGAAGUAAAUGCAGUUUUAGACAGAACUCCGUUAUUGAUUAUUCAUAGUCAGAGAUUGCCUACAAAUUUAGAUUGCGAGGAUAUUGAAAGUUACCAGUUACCACCUCCAAUUAUUCCACAAGUUUGUUCUACUACCAUUAAUAACUCUGCACAACAAAAUGAUGUAAAGAAUUCUCUGAUAGAAGAUUGUGUUACGCCAUCUCCUACUUUUGACUUUCCAUCUUUCAUCGGUGACGAUAGUUUCGAUGUAAGCAAAGCGGAAGAUGAAACUAGUCUUAUAAGCUUAGAUACCCAAAGCGAUUUUAAUAUACAGCAAGAAAAAUCCACAAGUGAAUUAGUAUCUACACAUCUGAAUGCGUGUUCAACUGCAGAAUCGCAAAAAGAAGAUUAUCAUGGAUUCACUAUUCAAGGUUCAAAUAUACCUACAAUUCCUUGCAGCACUGGAGAUUUAUCUUUUACUUCUGUAGAAUCGGAUUGCGAAAAUUAUAAAGAUUAUCUCCAUAAUGUAUAAAACAGAAUAGUUUCGUUGAAUUAAACAUAAAUCUUACAAAAUGUUGUUUAAUUUAUUGUGAUAAAUAUUAUAUAUAUAUGAUAUUCAUAGUAACAUACGUAAAACAUAAUAUAAAUUACUUAAAUUAUUCUGGUUUUAUAAGCUUAUUUCAAGGAA